AUGUCGGAAGAUUCAACUACUACUUAUAAUUCAAGCGGACAUUCAAGUUCCUCUACUUUCCCAGACCCAAAACAAAUCAAAAGUGUCGAGGAUGUCAGUUUGAAGGUAAAAACCAAUGAAAACGAGGGCGCACCGAAGCCAAUAUCUGCUUACUUUACUGUCAUUUGUCUAUGUCUAAUGAUUGCCUUUGGUGGAUUCAUCUUUGGUUGGGAUAUUGGUACCAUUGGUGGUUUUGUCGGGCAAACCGAUUUCAAGAGAAGAUUUGGCGAAUUAAAUGAUGAAGGAGAGUACUAUUUAUCUGAUGUUAGAACCGGGCUCAUCGUUGCUACAUUUAAUUUAGGAUGUGCUUUUGGUGGUAUCAUAUUAGGUCGCUUAGGUGACUUUUAUGGACGUAAGAUUGGUUUAGUGUGUGUGGUAUCUGUCUACGUCGUUGGUGUUGUUAUUCAAAUCUCUUCUACUAAUAAUUGGAUUCAAUAUUUUAUUGGAAGAAUUGUAUCUGGGUUAGGUGUUGGUGGUAUUGCUGUCUUAUCUCCAACUUUAAUUUCCGAGAUUGCACCAAAGCAUUUGAGAGGCAUGUGUAUUUCGCUUUAUCAAUUAAUGAUUACAGGUGGUAUUUUUGUUGGGUAUUGUACCAAUUAUGGCUCUAAAUCAUAUACUAAUUCAAUCCAAUGGAGAAUGCCAUUAGGUCUAGGUUUUGCAUGGGCUUUGAUUAUGGUUUUAGGAAUGAUGAUGGUCCCAGAAUCUCCAAGAUAUUUAAUUGAAAAGGGUAAAUUCGAGGAAGCCAAACGUUCUUUAGCUAAAUCUAAUAAAACAACAGUUGAUGAUCCCAUUGUUUUAAGAGAAUUUGACGUUAUUAAUGCAGGUGUCGAGGCAGAAAGAGCUAUAGGUAAUGCUUCUUGGGCUGAACUAUUUUCUACAAAGGGCAAAGUUUUACAACGUGUUAUCAUGGGGAUUAUGGUUCAAUCAUUGCAACAAUUAACAGGUUGUAACUACUUCUUUUACUAUGGUACCACUAUUUUUCAAGCUGUUGGUAUGGAUGACUCCUAUGUUACUUCAAUUGUCUUAGGUGUCGUUAACUUUUCUUCCACUUUUAUUUCGUUAUGGUCCGUUGAAAGAUUUGGACGUAGAAAGUGUUUGUUAUGGGGAUCUGCUUCUAUGGCCUGCUGUUUUGUUGUGUUUGCUUCUAUGGGUGUUACCAAGCUAUAUCCAAAUGGCAUGGACCAACCAACAUCUAAGAGUGCUGGUAAUGUAAUGAUUGUGUUUGCAUGCCUGUUUAUUUUCUGCUUUGCUGUCAGUUGGGCUCCAAUCGCUUUCGUUGUGGUUGCGGAAUCCUACCCUCAAAGAAUUAAACAAAGAGCAAUGGCUAUCGCUGUCGCUGCUAAUUGGAUUUGGAAUUUUGCCAUUGGAUUUUGUACCCCAUUUAUUACUUCCGCUAUCAACUUCUAUUAUGGGUUUGUUUUCUUUGGUUGUUUGAUCUUUUCAUUUUUCUACAUUUUCUUCUUUGUUUGUGAAACUAAAGGUCUUUCAUUGGAAGAAUUUAACGAAAUGUACGAAGAAGGUACACUGCCAUGGAAAUCUGACACAUGGAUCCCAUCUUCACGUAGAGGUGCUGAUUAUGACGUUCAUGCGACGCAAAACGAUGACCAAACAUUUUUCCAAAAGAUUUUUAGUAAGAAAUGA